UUUUUUAAUCUGUGUUCUGUGGUUGUCGAAAUUUGAUAGACUCUGAUAGACUCUUAAAUACAUUUUUGGAGGAGAAUUGAUAAAAUAAUUAUACUUUAGUGAUGUAAACUUGUUAGAUCCCUAUUUUUCAUCUUAAGCUCAUUAGAAACAUUUAGCUUAUAUGUUCUGGACAAGUGUGCCUCGUCGUUGAGUGAUCUGAUCUUCGAAUAUCUUAGCUUUACCUUGCGGUUGCACAGCAGACUGAAAUCGCGCCGCUGCUAUGUCUGGGCGAAGAAAACCACCACCGCCGGGGUUCAACUUCGCCCCAAGAGAAGAGACACAAGACAUUGUACCACCUCGCAAUUUAGAAGAACGGACUACAAUAACAAUUGGUGAAAAUACAUUCACUGUACACGCUGAUGAUCUGGUGAAGAUAGGUGACUUGGGCCGUGGGGCGUAUGGAGUUGUAGACAAAAUGCAUCACAAACCUAGUGACACUAUUAUGGCAGUGAAGAGAAUCACUUUUAAUAAUCAAUCACUUGAAGUAAAACGCUUGUUAAUGGACUUGGAUAUAUCUAUGCGAGCCAGUGCUUGUCCCUAUACUGUCCAUUUCUAUGGAGCUAUGUUCAGAGAAGGUGAUGUUUGGAUUUGUAUGGAAGUCAUGGAUACUAGUCUUGAUAAAUUUUAUGUAAAAGUGUACAAAAACAAUAGAACCAUCCCAGAAAACAUACUGGGAAAAAUAACAUUUUCUGUAGUCAGUGCUCUCAAUUACCUCUAUUCUCAAUUGAAGGUAAUACACAGAGAUGUUAAACCAUCAAAUAUUCUGAUUAACAGACAGGGUGAAGUGAAGAUGUGUGACUUUGGAAUAUCUGGUUACCUUGUGAACUCAAUUGCACAAACUAUAGAUGCAGGUUGCAAACUUUACAUGGCCCCUGAGAGGAUCGAUCCAUAUGGCAAUCCCGCACAUUACGACAUCCGCAGUGACGUUUGGUCCCUCGGUAUAUCUCUGAUUGAGCUAGCAACAGGCAAAUUCCCUUAUCAGUCAUGGCCUACACCAUUUGAACACCUAAAACAAGUCGUCACCGACGACCCACCGAGACUGCCGCCCGGAAAGUUUUCGCCUGAGUUUGAAGACUUAAUCACUCAGUGCCUGCAAAAAGAUUAUCGCAAGAGGCCAAAUUAUAAUGCUCUUUUUUCACAUAAGUUUUGCGUCGAGCAUGGCAACAAGGAGACAGAUGUCGCCUCAUUUGUCCAAGAAAUAUUGAAUUUACCUGAUGAUUCCUAGUAAUAGGAAAAAAUGUGUUUAACUAAUACUAAAAUUAGUAGUAAGUAUUGUUAUUAACCUUUUAAUUUAUAAAUAUGUUAAUAUAGUGAAGUAUUGAGUUUAUAUAAUAUGUAGAUGAAAAUCUGAACGUUAGUUGUGUUAUACAAUAUCACUUGUCCAGAAUCAAUCUAUUAUUUGUUAUAAUGUAUAUAUUUUUAACUGUGAUGAGUAUAUGCAAUUAUGGAUAGAGAUGGCUUAAAAUUAAUAAUUUUGUAAUACAACAAUGUUGACUGGAAAAUAGGUAUAAUAAACAUCACAAACUAAUUGGUCUUAAUAAAAACAUUAUUUAACUUUAUAA